AAAACCCUUCAGUUAAACAGGAGUCUCCGUCGUAGUUGGCGAGCCAGGUCGUGGCAGGGACGUAAAAGUGUUUUGAAAAAAAUGCCUUUCCCAGAUAUGGAUGGAAGAGACAAGUGAAGUUUGUCCUUCCAUAAUACAUCUUUGUGGCCAGUAUUUACUGCCGCCAGUGUUUUUCUGCAGCUGUUUUCCUUUCAGGCCUUCGUCUCUAACGGGAGCUCCGCCCACUGCGCUCCCGGGGCUCUGGCACCUCCACAGAGGCCCCACCUUCACCGUUGCGAGUUUCUCUUCAAGCCACGCCCCUUGCCGAAAGCUUUAAAUACGCAGUAUUGUACGUCAUUUUCAUGCGACCUCAUCUUUGUCAGUGCACAAAAUGGCGCCUUACAGUCUACUGGUGACCCGGCUGCAGAAAGCCCUGGGUGUGCGGCAGUACCAUGUGGCCUCAGUCUUGUGCCAACGGGCCAAGGUGGCCAUGAGCCACUUUGAGCCCAAUGAGUACAUCCGCUAUGACCUGCUAGAGAAGAACAUUGACAUUGUUCGCAAAAGAUUGAACCGGCCUCUGACCCUCUCAGAGAAGAUUGUAUAUGGACACCUGGAUGACCCAGCCAAGCAGGAGAUCGAGCGGGGUAAGACGUACCUGCGACUGCGGCCUGACCGUGUGGCCAUGCAGGAUGCCACGGCCCAGAUGGCCAUGUUGCAGUUCAUCAGCAGCGGGCUGCCCAAGGUGGCUGUGCCGUCCACCAUCCACUGUGAUCACCUGAUUGAGGCCCAGCUCGGGGGUGAGAAAGACCUGCGUCGGGCCAAGGACAUAAACCAGGAAGUGUAUAAUUUCCUGGCAACUGCAGGUGCCAAGUAUGGCGUGGGCUUCUGGAGGCCUGGCUCUGGAAUCAUUCACCAGAUCAUUCUGGAAAACUACGCAUAUCCUGGGGUUCUCCUGAUUGGCACUGAUUCCCACACCCCCAAUGGCGGUGGCCUGGGGGGCAUCUGCAUCGGAGUCGGGGGUGCUGAUGCAGUGGAUGUCAUGGCUGGGAUCCCCUGGGAGCUGAAGUGCCCCAAGGUGAUUGGUGUGAAGCUGACGGGCUCCCUCUCUGGCUGGACCUCCCCCAAAGACGUGAUCCUAAAGGUGGCGGGUAUCCUCACAGUGAAAGGUGGCACGGGCGCCAUCGUGGAGUACCACGGGCCGGGCGUGGACUCCAUCUCCUGCACCGGCAUGGCGACAAUCUGCAACAUGGGCGCAGAGAUCGGGGCCACCACGUCAGUGUUCCCUUACAACCACAGGAUGAAGAAGUACCUGAGCAAGACAGGCCGGGAGGACAUUGCCAAACUAGCUGAUGAAUAUAAGGAUCACUUGGUACCUGACCCUGGCUGCCAUUAUGACCAACUAAUUGAAAUUAACCUCAAUGAGCUGAAGCCGCAUAUCAAUGGGCCCUUCACCCCCGACCUGGCUCACCCUGUGGCAGAGGUCGGCACUGUGGCAGAGAAGGAAGGAUGGCCUCUGGACAUCCGAGUGGGUCUGAUCGGCAGCUGCACCAACUCCAGCUAUGAGGACAUGGGGCGCUCGGCAGCCGUGGCCAAGCAGGCACUGGCCCAUGGACUUAAGUGCAAGUCCCAGUUCACCAUCACACCGGGCUCUGAGCAGAUCCGUGCCACCAUUGAGCGGGAUGGCUAUGCACAAAUCCUAAGGGAAGUAGGCGGCAUCGUCCUGGCCAAUGCUUGUGGCCCCUGCAUUGGCCAGUGGGACAGAAAGGACAUCAAGAAGGGGGAGAAGAACACAAUCGUCACCUCCUACAACAGGAACUUCACAGGCCGCAAUGAUGCAAACCCUGAGACCCAUGCUUUCGUCACGUCCCCAGAGAUUGUCACAGCCCUGGCCAUUGCGGGCACCCUCAAGUUCAACCCAGAGACCGACUUCCUGACAGGCAAGGAUGGCAAGAAAUUCAAGCUGGAGGCCCCAGAUGCAGACGAGCUUCCCCGAGCGGAGUUUGACCCUGGGCAGGACACCUACCAGCACCCUCCCAAGGACAGCAGCGGGCAGCGAGUGGACGUGAGCCCCACCAGCCAGCGCCUGCAGCUCCUGGAGCCUUUUGACAAGUGGGAUGGCAAAGACCUGGAGGACCUGCAAAUCCUCAUCAAGGUCAAAGGGAAGUGUACCACUGACCACAUCUCUGCUGCCGGCCCCUGGCUCAAGUUCCGUGGGCACCUGGACAACAUCUCCAAUAAUCUGCUCAUUGGUGCCAUCAACGUUGAAAAUGGCAAGGCCAACUCCGUGCGCAAUGCUGUCACCCAGGAGUUUGGCCCUGUCCCUGACACUGCCCGCUACUACAAGAAACAUGGUAUCCGGUGGGUGGUGAUCGGAGACGAGAACUACGGGGAGGGCUCGAGCCGGGAGCACGCAGCACUGGAGCCUCGCCACCUCGGGGGCCGGGCCAUCAUCACCAAGAGCUUCGCCAGGAUCCAUGAAACCAACCUGAAGAAGCAGGGCCUGCUGCCCCUCACCUUUGCUGACCCGGCUGACUACAAUAAGAUUCACCCUGUGGACAAGCUGACCAUCCAGGGCCUGAAAGACUUCGCUCCUGGCAAGCCCCUGAAAUGCAUCAUCAAGCACCCCAACGGGACUCAGGAGACCAUCCUCCUGAACCACACCUUCAACGAGACCCAGAUCGAGUGGUUCCGCGCCGGCAGCGCCCUGAACAGGAUGAAGGAGCUGCAGCAGCAGUAAGGUCCAGCCAUGCCACCUGUCUGCCUACUCCUUGGACCCCGCUCCGGGGUCCCCGGUGCAGUCAGUGCGUCAUCAGAACUGGAUCUGCCCCCUUCCGGCCUUGGCUUCCUGCUCCAAGAUGGUGUGGUCAGGCCUCCUGCCCUCCCUUCCCUCAGCCGGCCGAGGGACACACAGGUGGGUGGGUGAGCGGGGGGAGGGCUCUUUAAAGAAUGUUCCAGCCCCCUGCCUUCCCAUUUUUAGUCUGAUUCAGAUCUUGAACAACUCCAUGCAACUGUAUUUAUUUUUGAUGACAAGACUCCCAUCUAAAGUUAUUUCUCCCGCCUCAUCAUUUCACUGGUGGCUGAAAGAUUUUAAAGAAACUUUCGCUCUCAUGAGGAAAAUAAGAAUACGGACUCAG